AUGGAUACGGCUUCCGAAAUUUCAAAUUUUAAUAAUCUCUCUUUGUCGCAGAAAAUGUACAACCUCAACGCCAUAUCCUCUUUUCGAAUUGCACGCCCAGCAAACGUCUAUGUCUACGAUAUCGUACCUGUAGCCGGUGCCAUCGCAGCUAUUUCCUCCGAUGAUAGUUUGCGGCUGCUGGAUCCGCUGGCGCUGCAUAGGGGCCCGCUGACCGAGGUGAAAGAGGUUCAUAAGGAGGUCACGUGUAUGCAGGCUGUUGAGAGCAGUGGGCUUGUAGCUACGGCGGGGGGGGAUUAUAGGGUGUGCCUUUGGGACCCGAGAAGUGGAGAGAAGGUUUGGGAGGUUAGAAGUGACUCUGAACCAAUACUGUCUCUGGCAACUUCUUCUCCGUAUGGACUAGCAGCGGGUACUGAGAUAACCAGGGAUAUAAGGAAGACUGGAUUCCCAGCGGUGCAAUACUACGAUAGCCACUGUGACGAUAUCACAGAACUCCAAUUCCACCCGACCAAACCACAUAUUUUACUUUCCGGUUCGACAGACGGUUUAGUCAAUAUAUACGACACUACGAUUGAAGAAGAAGAAGAUGCUUUGCAGCAAACCAUCAACCACGGUUCCUCGGUACACCACGCCAACUUCAUUAGCGAGCACGAAAUCUUUGCUAUCUCCCACGAUGAGAAGUUCUCUAUUUACCAACUGUUAACGGUACCGAAUCCAGAGGAGCAAGAUGAAUAUUCGUGGUCGACUCAUCAUGGUGAUAUGAGGCAGAAGUUGGAAGUCGACUAUGUUGCGAACGUGGUCAGGAGGCCGGACGGAGGUGCUGUUAUGGGUGUCGGAACCCAUAGCCGUGAGACGUUUGAGCUCAUCCAGUUGAGAAAAGACCCUCCGUGGACAUUUGCGCCGGAGGCCAAGGUUGCCUUGCCUGGAGCUCAUGGAUCGGAAAUAGUCAGAAGCUUCUGCUUUGUGGACUCGGGCUACCUCCUACAGCUUCUCGAACGAAGUGAUCUCUCACGCGCAAAUUUCUACACUAUGAAGGACUGGAGCCGACAGCUGUGGCUCUUGAUCUUGUGCGCGCAAGUUCAAGAUGGCACCGAAUCAACGGCGACAGCAGAUGGAAGUCCGCAGCCCUCAGUGGCAGCGCAAUCGCCAACGCCGCAACAGCCACUGCGCGAGCAAGAUGGUGGGCGGAGAAGGAUUGAUGAGCAGGUUGAUAAGGCCCUCUUCUUCCUGCGAAAUUACGAACGACUGAACCCACGCCCUUCUCGAAAAUCCUCUGGCUUACUGGCACAAGCUGGGCAAUACCUACUGGCACUCAUGCCCCGGCUAUCGAUACAAGGACCAGCAUCAGAAGGGUCAGCGGAGCGCCACAAAGAACCGUCCCGACCAGUAGCAGAGGCGGUGCGACUGUUGGAGGAGGCGGCGCAGAUCAAUAACCCAGAUGCCAUUUUCCUCCUGGCGGAAAUGAACUUCUACGGCAACUUCUCGACCCACAAGAACUACCCAGAGGCGUUCCGGAGGUAUCGCCAGUUAGCAGCGUUGGAUGGCAACAGCUCGGCGCAGCACAUGCUAGGUUUCAUGUAUGCCACUGGGAUUGGAGGAGCCGUCGAGCCGGACCAGGCAAAGGCGCUGCUAUAUCACACUUUCGCGGCUGAAGGUGGCAAUAUCAAAUCAGAAAUGACGCUUGCAUUCCGAUACCACAUCGGGAUUGGGGUUGUGCAGAGCUGCAAUACCGCGGUCAAGCACUACAAGACAGUGGCAGACAAGGCGAUUGAAUGGUUUCGGUCUGGGCCGCCUGGAGGAAUGGCUUGGGUACCGGACUCUUAUAGGAUCGCGGACGAUGAUGGAGGGGUUUAUGGAGAGGGGGCAAGUUUCUCGAGCUCCGGGACCAACAGAAACAAAGCGAACGUUAAUUCGGAUGCUCAUGCUGCGCUGGAUGACGUUCUGGAAUACCUGGAUCUUAUGUCGCGAAAGGGCGAUUUCAAGGCUACUUUCAGCUUGGGAAGAAUCCAUUACGAUGGUCAGAAGGGGCUGGCUAGGAAUAUGAAGAGUGCAAAGUGGUACUUUAUGAAGGUUGCCAAACUCUACUGGACGAGGGAGGGACGUAUCAUCGAGAGCGAGAAGCCAGGCUUAGAGAAGAUGGCAACCAAAGCCGCCGGAUAUCUUGGGCGCAUGUUCUUGAGAGCAGAAGGCGUAGAGCAGAGCUUCGAAAAGGCCCAAAUCUGGUUUCAGCGAGGUAUCAAGAGUGGCGACGCUGGUUCCCAGUAUGGGAUGGGGCUCAUGUAUUUGGAAGGACUAGGUGUCCCGAGAAACGUCAUGAGGGCGACAGAGUACCUCAAAGCUGCGGCAGACCAGGACUAUUCGCCGGCUCAGGUUGCUCUGGGAGCCUUGUAUCUGGACCAAGGCACAACAAGCGAUGUCUUGGUUGCCAGUAAGUACUUUGAACUGGCCGCUAGAUAUGGCCAUAUUGAAGCAUUUUACUUCCUGGCCGAGCUCAUCGAGCAAGGCAUUGGUCGGGAAAGAAGUUGCGGACUCGCUGCGGCGUACUACAAGAGUGUCGCAGAGAAGGCCGAGCCUCUCCUUUCUUCGUUUGCCGAAGCCAAUGAAGCUUUUGAAGACGGCGAUCAUGAGCUGGCUUUGAUCGACUACAUGUUUGCUGCCGAACAAGGUUACGAGAAGGGACAAGCAAAUGUUGCCUACCUACUUGACCAGCAAAAAUCUAAAUGGACCCUGCCGUCAUGGCUAUCGCCCAGCUCGAUCUCACGACCUGAACUCCUCAAGAAUGGGGCACUAGCUCUGAUAUACUGGACGAGAUCCGCCAAGCAGUCAAACAUCGACUCGUUGGUGAAGAUGGGGGAUUAUUACCUGAAAGGUGUCGGCACCCAGGCAGAUUAUGAGAAAGCAGCUUCAUGCUACACGGCAGCUUGCGAAUAUCACCAGAGUGCACAAGCUCUCUACAACCUCGCUUGGAUGCAUGAGAAUGGCGUUGGUCUCACUCAGGACUUCCAUCUUGCGAAGCGAUACUAUGACCUUGCGUUGGAGACGAACGAGGAGGCAUACCUGCCUGUGACACUGAGCCUAUUUAAGUUACGGCUUAGAAGUGCUUGGAAUACUCUCACACAUGGCAGGAUCAACUCCAUUCAGGACGAGCCAACACCAAAGAAACAAUGGUCCCUCUCUGAAUGGAUCACCAACUUCCUCCAAGACGACCAUAUGUAUUACGGCGAUGCCGACUACGACGACAACUAUCUCCCAGAUACCGAUCCCAUGCCAGGAGGUGAUGCAGAUGGCAUGUAUGACAAUAUGAUCGACGAUGGGCUAUUGGAGAGCCUUGCUAUUAUUGUGUUGGCAGGGGCUCUUGUUGGUUUGAUCUAUUACCGCCAGCAACGUCAAUUAGCACAUAGAAGAGGACAGGAAGCCGAGGCAGCACAGAAUGGUGCUCAAGAUGGCCAACCUCAGCCCCAGCCGGACAAUGGUCUCUUCCCUCAGCCUGGAGAUCCUGAUUUUGGGCAGUGGGUUGCGGGCGGCGUGGGUCAUUGA